UUCCACAUUCAGACACUAAACGUGUUAGUUAACCGUAAUGAGUCGCAUACUUCAAAGAUUUAGUUGAAACGACUGUCAGAAUUUGCCAUACAGCUGAUUAACUCCCGCUAUAACCUUAAUGUUUGCUAACUUGAGCUAACGGAUGUACAGCUAAGGUUCUCCGGUGGACUGUGAGGACUGCCGCCUCCUCUCCGCUCGGCCCACUUAAUUUGGGGAGAUGCCACCUCCAGCCUCAAUGCGUCGGUUGCGGAUUGUUCUGUUCCUCCACCAGUCGGAGUAGUCGGCAGUCACCGCAACACAACUAUAAACUUAACCAUGUGUCAGAGAAGCCAGCCACAGAGCUGUCACUGCAAUCUUUGGUCGAUAUGGGAUUCACAGACACCCAGGCAGAGCAGAUAUAUGAGGCUGUGUGCAAAGUCAGAGGUGGAAGUGCUGCUAAACAUGCUCUGUCAACUCUCGCAGCUCUGUUUGUCUUGGGACUCAGUCCAUCCAGUGUGUUGAAGCUGCUGCAGAAAUGUCCUCAACUCUACACUGUCAAGGAAUCACAGCUUCAACAGCGCAUAGAAAACCUGCGGAAACUGGGUUUAGUUGAAGGCAGUCUUCAGAGAGUGGUGGCCUAUUACCCCCAGAUCCUGACUGUGCCCAUGAAGACAGUAAAGACAGUGGUGGCGUUUCUCAGAGAGAAGUGCUUGUUUACUGUCCAGCAGGUUACAGACAUCCUCAGAGACAGUCCGGCCAUAGUACUGGAGGAUCUGGGUCAGCUGGAGUACAAGUUUCAGUACGUCUACUUUCGAAUGGGUGUCAAGCAGGCGGAGAUGGUGAAGUCCAGGUUGUUCCGUUUCACUCUAGAGGAUGUUCGCUGUCGACACUGUUUUCUGGAGCGCAGGGGUCUGUACCAAACCCCAGACAAGAAAGGACGGACGACCAUCGCCAACCCUAUACUGGACAGCAUCCUCAGUGCUAACCAGGACACUUUCCUCACAGCGGUUGCAAAGGCGUCACCAGAGGAGUAUGAAGUCUUUCAGAGACUUAUAGCAAGAGAAUGGCAGGGACAGGAGGAGUAUGGCAUCAUUGAAGCUGAUAGUGAUGAUUAUGAUGAAGAAGAGGAGGAUGAAGAAGAUGAGGAGACUGGAGGCAAGGCUGGAUACAGGAAGAGAAGAAACAAAUGACAGUUGGGUAGGGACUGAGAGAAUUGAAAAUGAUUUCAACAGAAAAUUAUGUGAUUACAUGUCUGAUGGUAAUUGAAACAAUAAAAUGUUUAAUUUUAA